AGUAGGCUAUAGACCAGCCAGGUAGAGGAGGCCUUGGUUCAACAGAAACCUGGGGUAGAGGAGGCAGGAGCAACGCGCUUGACGCACACUAUGCGCACGAGUUCCCAUACGGAAAGAUGUACGUGAGUUAUCUUUUGGAGAAGGAACCCAGCAUGUACCCAAAUUCAGUGCGACAUCCCAGCCUAAACUUGAACCAUCAGAACUUUGUCCCCGCACCUCCACAGUAUUCGGAUUUCAGCGGAUACCACCACGUUGCUGGGAUUAACAAUGACCCUCACCACAGCCAGACCGGGGCCUGGAACCCCGGUUACCCGCCGAGCCGGGAAGAGUGGUCACCCUAUGGGCCGGGGACAGGACCGUCCACAUCUAAUCCGGGGCCAAUAGGCUAUAGUCCCCCAGAGUUCUCUCCAAUUCCACAAUCCGGGCUUCUCCCGUCUAUCAACUCAUCUGUUGGGCAGCUGUCUCCCAAUUCUCAGCGCAGAAACCCUUAUGAUUGGAUGAGGCGGAGCGUACCACCGGCAAAUUCAGGUGGUAAGACAAGAACGAAAGACAAGUACCGGGUGGUGUACACAGAUCACCAGCGGUUGGAGCUGGAGAAAGAGUUCCACUAUAGCCGCUACAUCACCAUCAGGAGGAAAGCAGAGCUGGCCACGUCUCUCAGCCUCUCAGAACGACAGGUAAAAAUCUGGUUUCAGAAUCGGCGUGCCAAAGAGAGGAAAGUGAACAAGAAGAAGAUGCAACAGCCUCAGCCUGCGUCCACAACAACACCUACUCCCCCAGGCUCUGGCAUGCCCGGCAACGUUGCCAUGGUGACCAGCAGCAGUGGCGGCUUAGUGUCUCCGUCUAUACCAAUGACUAUCAAAGAAGAAUACUGAGGACGAUGGUCUGACGUGAUGGGGAAAAAAAUACUUUUGUCCAAAUCUAAUCUGCAAUAGUGACCCCGCCCCCCGGUCAACAGCUCGAGCAUCAUGGGGUGAAAUGCAGGAGUCUACAGCCCCAAAGACAGACAAGAAAUAUAGACUUGCUGCUGUUUCCUUCGCUUCUGUAAAAAAAUAAUAAUAAUAAUAACAAACGUCUAAAGGACAAGAUAGACCAACACGAACGUCGGCCAUGCGCAGUAGAUCACCUGCGGGGUGUCGAAAAACUAUGGCGAAUUCAAUUCGCAGAAUCAUCGGGAAAUAAACAGAAAAUGGCGGCCACCCGCUCUGCAUACGUUCGUGUUGGUCUGUCUUGUCCGAAAGGGAGACAAUGAACAGAGAAAAAGAACUGCUAUAAACAUAUAUAGAUAUUAAAUUGUUGUAUUUCACUGUUAUAAUGGCUUCUACUGUUUCUGUUGUUGAUAUCUCUUCUGCUCUGCCCAUCACAUACUGGGAAUACUUGUAAAUGGUUCUGAUUCCAAGCCAGAAUAAUAAUAAGUGUAUAUUUUUUAAGUCAUUUGUAUUAAAAGCUUUAUUGUCAA